AGGAGUGGAGCGCGCAGCCGCAGCCGCAGCCAGAGCCAGAGCCAGAGCCAGUCGCCAUCGCCCCCAAGGGAGAAGCUGACCAGGCCGGCAGCGUCCCCUGCUGUGGGCGAGAAGCUGAAAAAGACCGAGCCUGCCGCUGGUAAAGAGACAGGAGCUGCCAAACCCAAGCUGACGCCACAGGAGAAGCUGAAGCUAAGGAUGCAGAAGGCUCUGAACAGGCAGUUCAAGGCGGAUAAGAAGGCAGCUCAGGAAAAGAUGAUACAGCAGGAGCAUGAGCGCCAGGAGCGGGAAGAUGAGCUUCGAGCCAUGGCCCGCAAGAUCCGGAUGAAGUUGCCUCCCCCUUCCCCCCGCAGGGAGCGGGAACGUCGAGAGAAGGAGAGAGAGGAAUGGGAACGCCAGUACAGCCGGCAGAGCCGCUCGCCUUCGCCCUCGCCCCGAUACAGUCGAGAAUACAGCUCUUCCCGAAGGCGUUCAAGGUCCCGCUCCAGAAGUCCCCAUUACCGACAUUAGGCCGAGGAGUUGGGGGCUGGGGGAAAGGGGUGGGAACGGGGCUUAAGCUGUGAUCUGGUUUUCUCUCUAGUUAAAUAAACCGAACAUUAUUUAAUUCCCUUCA